UUUGCUGCAAAAAUACGGCAAAACGGGGAAUCUUUUGUUACAGCGAAUGACGUCAGAUGUCAAUGUUACGGGAGAAACAGCGGAUGAUAAGGAAGAUAACAGGACACUAAGAGCUUUCGCUAUCAAGAACAGUAAUGCUCUACAGGAGUCGUUAGAAGGGACUGGAAGAGAGGAAGAUUCGGAGGAAGCAUUGGUUGAGACGAUACAUGAGUCAUCAGACGCAUAUAUCACGCAUACAUACGAGGGGUUGGGGUUAGAAGAGGAAUAUGAGGAUUGCAUAGUGGAUGAUGAGGUAUUUAGUAUGUUAUUAGAGGAGAGCAGGCCGAAUCAGGCUGGAAAAAGUGAGAUAAUAAGAGGGCUAAGGGAAAGAGGGUUAGAAGAGUCAAAACAGGCAGUACAGAAGGUAGAAACAGAGCAGGAAGGAAUAGAAGAGAUAGAAGAAGUGGAAGGAGUAGUAGAAGUAGAAAAAGAGCAGAAAGAAAUAGGGUUAUUAGCGUCGGUGGGAUUAAAUGAGAUAAAAGAGGAGGAAAGGGGAAUAUUUGAGGAAAAAGAGAAUUCUAUGAAUAUACAAGUAAAACAGGAAGGAAAUAGUGUAUUAGAAAAGGCGGAAAAUGGGUUUAAUUUAGGGAGAGAAGAGAUGAUAGGUGAAAUGAGUAAGGAGAGGGUUAGGUCUAGGUCGGAGCUAGGGUUAGAAAAGCCGGGACCUAGGUCUAGGUCAAGGGCCAGGUCAAGGUCUAGAUCAAGGGUUAGGUCAAGAUCGAGAACUAGGUCUAGGUCUAGGUCUAGGCCAGGGUCUAGGUCUAAGGUUAAAGAGAAUGAGAUGGAUAUAGACAAGGGAAAAUUAGGAGAAGAGUCAUUAGAAGGGUCAGUAGGAGAGACAAUGAUAAGAGAAGGAACAUCAGGAGAGAAUCAAACAUGCGGUAUUUCAAAUGUUUCAGCAGUUCCACAUAUUUUUGCGUUUAAAAAACCUAAGCUUAAAUCGGCAUCAAUUAAUCGAGAGUUUUUAAACAAGGCACCUAUUGCACCGGUUACAAAUGUUAUUAAAACAUCAGGAAUGCCUAUGGAAAAGGGAGGAGCGAUUUUUGCACGACGUGGAUCAUUUUUACAGGCAUCAACAUCGACAACGGCACAAACGAACCCGGGAAAACCUCGUUUAACAACGAAAAUAUCGUCACCAGCACCGUAUAGUCUUGGUGGACAUCAAGAAAGUGUAACUAUGAAAUCAUUGAAUGGGAAAUCGGUGGCACCGAAGACAUCAGGACUUGGUCAAAAUAGUGCACCAGUAUGGGGCAGAAAUAAGAAACCGCUUGUUCGUGAGUAUACCGAUGAAGAAUUAUCCUCGAUGCAUGGGAUUCAUCUUGUACAUAGGCUUUCGGCAACGAGUGAUGAUGAUAAGCCGGGGAAAUGGGAUGAGAUGGAUGAUGAUGAAACGGAUUGGAGUGAUACGAUUGAAUUUGCCGAUGGUACAAAGUUUACAUUACCACAUGAGGAUCAUACGGCAUCGUCAGUGCAAGUGGAAUCGAAUGUGGAAUCGGAAGGUCAAAUUGUUACACCGACAUCACAUACAGAGCCAGCAGAACAGACAGAGCCGACAGAAUCGGUAGAAUCAACGGUACGGACACCAACAGAGACAUUAGAAACCACAGAGACAACGGUAUCACAAGAAACAUGUGAUAAGCAUAUUUCGAAGGAAGAACGAUUCGGCGAAGAACAUUACGAUCGGACAUGGAACUCGCAACGAUCAGUUGUACCACAAAUAUAUAAUGUUAAUACAGGAAAGUUUGAUAUAGUAGAUGAUUCAACGAAAAAUGGCAGUAGAAGAGCCGGGAGAAGGGCAAGCACAGAAAAUAAAGCAAGAGUAGGAUAUAACAUAUCUCUUCUAUCUCGUCAUCGGGCUUCUACUCAAUUAAGGAAAGAGGAAACCAUAGAGACAUACGAGUCAAAACCAUAUAAACCCCUUUCAAUUAUUGGUAAUGAAUCAAGGAGAAGAUCUCAGGGCUUAUCGGAAGAUUCGGAUAUAUCAUCUCGAAAUUUGCCUCAACAUUCAGCUACAACAAUGGGAUUAACGAGCACAGUGAAAUCUUCAUUGUCUCAUUUUACACAACCUUAUGAUCCUAUGAUUGAAGAUAUCGAAACAUAUCAAAGGGCAAUCAUGACAGAAGCAAAAGAAAAAGCACGUCUUAGACGUGAAGAGGAAGAAAUGGAGCGUAAAAUGCAGCAAGAACGAGCAAAGAAAAAAGCAGAAGAAUUGGCAAAACUUGCACAAAAACCAAAGCUUCCAGAAACAACGCCGUCUAAAGAAAAUGAUACAUCUACGAAUGCACCCGUUUCAUCUCAACAACAACAACAACAACAACAACAAGAAUCCAUUACUCCGGAUCCAAAUGAUUCAAAAACAAUUGGUAAACCGAAGGAAAGGAAAAAGGAUUUAUUUAAUUCAUCUCAUUCACAUACAAAAACAACUAUCACACAAACACAUAAAGUUAUACCUAAGCCGAACCAACCUGAAAUGAACAUGAAUGAAUCACGUUCUUCAGAAACAAAUGUAGAUAAUACGUCAGAAUCGACAUUGAAAAAAGAACCUUUAACCAUUCCUUCAGAACCAUUGUCGCACAGUGAAAAAAAUGAGGAAUCGCUAGAAGCUAAUAAACAAACACCUAUAGAUUCAAAGCAAAAAUAUUCGAAAUCAUUACAUACAUCUAAUCAAUCUAAUAUUAAUGAUAACUGGAGAAAGGAGCAUACAAAUAUUCCUGAAAAAAAUCCGGAUAAAACAUGUACGUCCUUAGAUAAUACACCGACCUUAGAGGAAUCCAAGGAUUCAUCAGAUACGCCUUUAUUUUCAUCAGAAAAGAAGGAAUCAGAACCAUCAACGGCCAAUAAUGAUUCAAACAAAUCUAGCCCAUCUCAUUCACGGACGUCUUCACGUUUUUUCCCUACGGCCAUUCAAACCGAACUGGAACAAUCAGACAAUCAUUCUAAAACGGAAGAAACGGAUUCACCAGCUCCUGAAUCCCUUGAAAAACAAAAUAUAUUACCGUCAAAAGAAUCAUCUAAUACCACGGACCAAUCGACUCAAACCGAUUGUUCUAAUACCAAACCUCAUGCUUCACCACAAAGUCCACAAACAUCACAGACAGCACCAACACAACCCUUAAGACGUUUAUCUAACACGAAAACAGCUUCUACAACAUCAACGAUCCCACCAACAUCACCCACCGCUCCUUCGAUUCAUCUUGAAUCAAAUGGUUCAAAUUCUACACGCAAUUCUACACGGCCUUCAACAAGAUCAUUCGAUGAUGUAAUGGAACAAUUAGCCAGAGCAGGAAAUUUCGCACAAAAUAAUGAAAAAUUUGCAUCUUAUCUUUCUAACUCUAAAACGCAAAAAAAUUAUAUCGACGGUCUCUCAGUAACCACCAUUUCACCUUUAGAAUUUGAAAAAUAUCCAAAAAGCGCAAUCAACGUUUCAUUGCAUUCUUUAAAUCAUUCUAAUGAAUCAUUUAAUAUGUCAUCUCUUUCUAUUAUUGAUGAAAACGAUACAAAACCUUUUGUCAACCUUCCUGCAUCAUCUCAUACUCAUACUGAACGUCAAUCUCCAAAAAAUCCAAAAUAUUUUGAACCAUCACAACAUACCAUAGAUAUUACGCUAUAUGAUGAACAAGAAAUAGACACUCUUCGACUCUAUUUGCCAGAAACAAGUCCAAGGAACAUAAAAAUAAAGCCAUCUAGCACUUUUUUAUACAAAAAACUUCAGAAAAGCAAGCAAACAUCUAUCUAUAAUUCAUAAUCAUAAUAUAAAAAUACUUCAAGACCUUUAAUAUGUCUAGUCUUUC